AUGUCUGGACGCGGCAAGGGUGGCAAAGGUUUGGGUAAAGGAGGCGCAAAACGCCACCGGAAGGUGCUGCGCGACAACAUCCAGGGCAUUACUAAACCUGCUAUUCGUCGCCUAGCCCGCCGUGGCGGUGUGAAACGCAUCUCCGGCCUCAUCUACGAGGAAACUCGCGGCGUACUUAAAGUUUUUCUGGAGAAUGUGAUUCGCGACGCAGUCACCUACACCGAACACGCCAAGCGAAAGACUGUUACCGCCAUGGAUGUCGUCUACGCUCUCAAACGUCAGGGCCGCACCCUCUACGGCUUCGGCGGUUAG